UGUCGGAUGUUUGCUUUCUUCCAAGAGUUCAGCAUGUCCGCAGUGAAGCUGCUCCUGUCUUGUCUGCUUUUCAAAGAGGUCCAUACGCUGUCAGGGAACUUCUGGCACAUCACGGAUCUGCAUUUGGACCAUACAUACAAUUUGACCGACACCCCUGAACUGGUGUGCGCAUCAAGCGGUAAACGACCCGCAGUGAAUGCGGGGAAAUUUGGAGACUACGCUUGUGACUCGCCAUGGCAUCUUAUCAACUCCUCUGUGUAUGCCAUGAAGGAUAUUCUGCCAGACCCGGACUUCAUCGUGUGGACAGGAGAUGACACACCACAUCUACCCAAUGAGGAUCUGGGAGAAGACAAAGUACUGGAAAUUAUCAGCAACCUCACUCACAUCAUAAAACAGAUCUUUCCAAACACUAAAGUGUAUUCUGCCCUGGGGAACCAUGAUUACCACCCCAAGAGCCAGCUCCCUGCAGGCCCAAACUACAUCUAUAACCAAACAGCAGAAAUGUGGCAGGACUGGUUGGAGCCAGAGUCCCAAGUAACAUUUAUUAAAGGUGGAUAUUACACAGAAAAGCUGCUGAGUCGAACAGGUUUCAGGAUGCUGGUCCUCAACACUAACCUCUAUUAUGACCAGAACAAGCUGACCACGGACAUGGACGACCCAGCGGGCCAGUUUAGCUGGGCUGAUCAUGUUCUUACUGAAGCUGCCAACAACAAAGAGAAGGUGUACAUCAUUGGCCACGUUCCCCCAGGUUUCUUUGAGAAGAAGAGAAAUAAGCCGUGGUUUAGACCUAAAUUCAACCAGAAAUACUUGGAUUUAAUUCAGAAGCAUCAUCCCGUCAUACUCGGGCAGUUCUUUGGCCAUCACCAUACGGAUAGUUUCCGCAUGUUCUACAACACAGAGGACUCUCCUAUCAGUACAAUGUUCCUCAGCCCAGGAGUCACACCGUGGAAAACAACACUUCCUGGAGUUGUGGAUGGAGCAAACAACCCUGGGAUUCGUGUCUUUGAAUAUGACACCCAAACACUUCUUGUUAAAGAUGUGGUGACCUAUUAUCUGAACCUGACUCGCGCUAAUGCGGCUCGUGGGCGCUGGGAGAAAGAAUACCGCCUCACAGAGAGCUUCAGAGUACCAGACGCCUCCCCAGCUUCCAUGCACCAGGUUCUGGAGAGCAUUGCCAAUAGCCACUGCUACCUACAGAAGUACUAUGUGUUCAACUCUGUCAGCUAUGACCUGACAGAGUGUGACAGUGACUGCCGUGUUGACCACGUGUGUGCAGCCAGAGAGGUAGACUUCAACAAGUAUAAAUGCUGUCUGGAAAAAGAGGGGGCAGUUGCCAUUCAUGCUGGGUUGCUGCCAGUCCUCUCUGUGGCUGUAAGUCUGGUGUUAGCCAGUCGGUAA